AUGAUUGGGGCGUUCGGGCUGUGUCCGCGCAUGCGCCGGAAGGAGUCAGCCGAUCCCGGGGUGGCGGCCGUGGCGGGUCUGGUUCUUGUUCGCCUCCGUUAUCGAGGUUGUUUUGCUGCUGUUGUUCAGCGGUGGCCUGUGCACCUCGGCGGUUUAUUCCCGCCGUGCCUGCAAGGGGGAACAGCCCUAUCUGUGUCCUUUUGGCACGCAGGGGGCCGGUCAGAAAAAGGAGACCGAAACUUAAAAAAUUCUGUCCUGGGCUACGGGCACAAUCUCCUUUAUGUUAUCCGAACAUGGUCAUCCAACCCAGGGAGCAGGAUUGGGAUGGAGCUCCUGAAGCAAGCAGUAUUGAAAGAGACCUUCCCAAGCUGGAGUGGGCAGGAGAGUUUCUCGGUUGUUAAGGUCAACUACGUCAUUUCAAGGCUCAGAAUUAAUGCUGUAGAUUUCCCAGAAACUUCUGCUUCUUUUAUUCCUGGCACUGGCGUUAGUCUGUCAGUGGCACAUGCUUCUGCUACAAUCAGUGCAGACUGGAGAAUGAACACGUGGCUGCUCAAAGACCAAGGAGGAAUUACUGUGUCCAUCUCAGGACUGUUCAUUGCAGUUAUCUUCAAAGUGUCAAGGGAUAGCACAGGCCGCUUGUCCAUGUUGCUACACAAUUGCCAGCUGAGCAUUAAUAGUUUAAAAGUCAAGUUAAAUGGAGGAUCUAGCUGGAUCUACAGGUUUCUGUCUGGUUAUCUUGAGAAGCCCAUUCACACCAAAUUGGAUAAAAAUCUAUGCCUAAACAUCAAAUACAAAGUCCAACUGAUGGAUGCACAGCUAAAAAAGUAUAAGGUCUUAAGCCAGAUUGAUGCCUUUGCACAAAUAGACUAUUCCCUAGUUAGUUCUCCAGCAGUCUUCAAAUCACACAUUAACUUGGAUUUGAAGGGCACAGUCUAUCCAGUAGGAAAUCACACAGAACCUCCCUUUGUGCCAGCUCCAUUUGGUCUCCCAAACCAGGGUGAUUCCAUGCUCUACCUGGGAGUCUCAAGUUAUUUUAUUAAGUCUGCUUCACUGGCUUACUACAGAGCAGGGGUCUUUAACAUCACCAUCUCCAAAGAGCUUGCUACUACUUUUAACCUAAAUACCGCCUUAUUCAAAGAUUUUGUUCCUGAGAUUGCUCUAAGCUAUGUAACAGCAUGCCCAGUGCUGCUGAAGCUGAUGGCUACAUCACCACCUGCGGUCAGUUUAAAUGCAGACAGAUGCAUCUUACAGAUCACUGGCUGUGUAGAAGUGUUUGCUGUUCUGCCAAAUUCAACCACCCAGUACAUCUUUACAGGGAAUCUAACAGCCAGUACCAGAGGCAAUCUGACAAUAACCAAACAGAAGUUGAUUAUCUCAUUACUUCUGAAGAGGCUCCAGUUCUCCCUGCUGCACUCCAUUCUUGGCUUCUCUGAGAUUUCACUGGCGGAGAAUUUUCUGUCUUAUGCUUUACGGAGCGCAGUGAUCCCAGUAAUCAAUGAUAAACUAGGAAAAGGAUUUCCUCUUCUUAACUUGGCCCACACUACCCUGACUAGACCUGUAAUAAGAAUGAAUCAGGGUCAUCUGGUGAUUUCCACUGAUGUUCACUACAAACGUGAGGAAGGGGGAGAUGAGGACCUUCACAGUCACUCCUAAUGUCCCUUUACUUUUAAACAACAAUAAGAGAAAAAUGUAGUCUCCCUUCCGCUGGCUUGUAGGGAGUAGAUGCUAUAACACUAGAAGCAUGGCUUUUCGUCACUAUUUUUAAUGUUCUAGUAAAACUUCUUAAUCACUUUUCACAAACUAAAUCUGUUGGGUUUUAGUACAGUGAGUGUAGCUGAGUGUUACUGAUGCUUUAGAAAACUUGUUGCAGCCUGAUGAGAAGGGGUGACUGGUUCUUUUCACUACUUAUAGACACCACAUUUCAUUAAUUUUAGGAACCAGUUCUUGCAUUAUUCAAUUUAUCUCCAUUAGUGUUAGCAAAACUUUGUGUAUGGAGUGAGACCUUAUUCUUCGCAAGAAUUUCACAAUUUGGCCCUUUUUAACUGGAUACCAAGGGUAGGAACAGGUUUAUAAAAUCCAAUGAAUUACCAUAGAAUUAUAGAAACAUAUUAUCUAGUCCAGACACUGGCUCAAAACAGGACUAAUUAGAUCAGGUAGCUGAGGGCUGUGUCCAGUCGAGUCUUGAACCCCUCCAAGGAUGGACAUUCCACCAACCUCUCUGGGCAACCUGUUCCACUAUUUAACUACCUUCAGAAUAAUUUUUUUUUCCUAAUAUCUAAUCAGUAUUUCCUAUGUUCCAACCUGUUCUGUUGCCUUUUGUCCUAUCACCGCACACUUCCAAGAAGAGUCUGGCUCCAUUUUCUCUGUAUUCUCUGAUCAAAAAGUUGUAGACAACAAAAAGCUCUUUCAAGCCCUCUCUUCUCCAGGCUGAAGAGGCCUGAUCUCUCAGACUCUCCUUGUAGGUCAUGUUCUCCAGCCCCCUUGGUGGCACCUGCUGGACUUGAUCCAGGAUGUCGACAUCCUUCUUGUACUGGGGAGCCCAAACUGGACACAGUACUCCAAAUGCAAGUGUCAAAUAGAGGGGAAGGAUCACUUACCUGGACCUGCAGACUUAUGUUCGACUUGUUGUCCACCAGGACUCACAGAUCCUUUUCUGCAGAGCUGCUUUCUAAACAGCCACCAGCUUGUACUGCUGCUGGGAGUUAUUUCUUCCCAGAUGCAAGACUUCACACUUGCUUUUGUUAACUUUAUGUGGUUCCUGUCAGCUCACUUCUCCAGCCUGUCCAGGUUUCUCUGAAUAGAAGCACUGCCCUCCAGCGUGUUGACUGCUCCCCCCCAAUUUGGUGUCAUUCACAAACUUGUCGAGAGUGCACCCUGUCCCAUCAUCCAGCUGGUAUUAAACAGUAUUGGUCACAGUACUGUUUCCUGUGGGACCUCAACUAGUUACUGGUCAACAGCUGGAUUUUGCUGGUCAAAGCUCUUUGAUUCUGGCAGUCCAGCCAAUUUUCCACCUACCUUCUCCAGCCCAUAUGUCACCAACUUGGUGAUGAGACUAAGGGAGACUGUGUCAAAGGCCUUGCCGAAAUCAAGGUAUAGAACACCACUGCCCUCCCCUUGUCCACAGUCCCAGUCAGCUCAUCACUGAAAGCAAUGAGGUUGGUCCGGAAUGGUCUGCCCUUGGAAAACCCAUGCUGGCUGCUCCCAGUCACCUUCUUAUUCUUCAUGUGCUUUAGAAAUAGCUUCUAAGACAUUUUGCUCCAUAACCUUCCCAGGGACUGAGGUGAGACUGACUUCUCUGGAUCAUCCUCCUUGACCUUCUUGAAGACAGGUGUGACAUCUGCCUUCUUCCAGUCAUGAGGAACCUCUCUCAAGUGCCACGACUUUUUGAAGGUGAUAGAUAGGCAGCAGCUUCACAAUGAGAUCAGCUGGGCAGAACCUUCAGCACCUCCAGAUGCAUCUGGCUUGGUCCCAUGGAUUUGUGUAUGUCCAGCUGGGUUAAGUGAUCCUGAAGUCUGUCUUCCUCCACUGUGGGUGCUGCCCACAGACUCUGCUAGGAGCUCAGCGGCCUGGGAGGCCAGAGAACAAGUCUUGCUAGUGAAAACGGCCUUUUCUGUGUCUCUUGUCACUAGUGCCCCGGCCCACUGAGCAAUAAGCCCACAUUCUCCUUAGCCUUUCUUGUACUAUCGAUGUACUUACAGAAACCUUUCCUGUUGCCCUUCACCUCCCAAACUAAUUUCAGCGCCAACUGAACUUUGGCUUUCCUGACUUCAUUCCUACAUGUGCAAGCAAUAUCUUUGUGUUCCUUCCAAGUAGCUGGUCUCAGUUUCCAUCUUCUGUAUGCUUCCUUUUUGUGUUUGAGUUCACUCAGGAGCUCCAUGUUCAUCCAUGCUGGCCUUCUGCCACAGUUGCUCAACUGUCUGAACAUUGUAAUGGACCGUUCUUAUGCUCUGAGGCGGCUGCCCUUGAAGAUUAGCCAGCUUUUCUGGGCCUCUGCUCUCCAGGGCAAUUUCCCACAGAUGCUGCCAAGCAGGUCCCUGAAAUCUGCUCAUCUCAAGUCUGUGGUUGUAAUUCUGUUCUUUGUCUCGCUCGCUCCUCCCAGGAUCUGAAACUCCACAGUCUCACGCUCACUGCAGCCAAGGCUGUCCUUGGCCUUUACAUCAUCCAGCAGUUCUUCCUUGUUUGUGAGUAGCUGCAGCUCUUUGAGGGUAUCAAUCUCCAAAUAAUUUUGUACCGCUUGUAUUUGUAAAAUGGAGCUGGAAGAUUUCUUUUGUCUUAUGUCAGUGUCACCAGAGACAUUCAACCAAGAGAUAGUAAAAGUGUAUGGAAAGGAAAACUAGUCUACAAAUGUCACGCUACAGAAAGUUCAGUUCCAACGUGGGACAGAAAUGUGGCUUGCAUUUGAUUUUUAGCUGAAUCAGUUUAUUUAUCUAGCUGGCUGCUACAGUUUUUUACUAAAAAAAAGCAUCCUGAAACCCAACAGCAGUAAAUCACAACAGGACUUCCAGUUCAUUGUGUUCUGUGGUAGGUGAAGAGUGACUAGAAGAAGAACAGAAAAAGAACUCAAAAGAAAUGGAGAUUUAUAAAUAGUUUGGUGUCCCUCAUUGAUAACACUUCAGGCACUUUCUUCUGCCUAUUUGGGGAAGAAUUCAUGAGAUGGGGAAAAAGAGAACUAAAGCCCUGGUGCCCAUCUCUUCUCUCUUCCAGUGGUGCUUCAGGACCAACAGACGAGUGUCAUGGCCACGUGGGCCUUUUCAAACCAGAGCUGUGGCUUAGCACGACACUGCCCCUUAAGCUCUAGUCCUCUGGCUG